CCCCUUGUCCACUUGUUCCUCUUCCGUGGCUUCUGGGUUCUCUUUUCAUCGGUGAAAAAUGGUUUAUUUCUCGUCGAGGAUGAGCUCUGCUUUCUUGUUUGUUUGCUUGGUCGUUUGAUUUGACUUGGGAGCUUCUAGUGUUUCCGAUGCGAAAUCCAGAACAGAGGCCCGAGAAAGUCGAAAGUAGCGAGCUUUACGUUCUUUCCUGUAAUGGGUUCGUUCCGGACGUGUUGGGUCUUUUCGUGUCGUGGGUGUUGUCCGUCGGGCGGUGAUUCUUCGGAGUCGCCAAGAUCAGCGCCGCUCGAUCCGAUCGGAUUUGUGGUGGCCUGCGAGUUCUGAUUAGGGGCGGCCAAGGUGCUUUUGAACAAAUUCAUGCGUGUGGUUUCUUGUUUGUUUUCUUUUUCCCACGUGAUCGUUCACAUAGUUAAAAUCUGGUAUCAGGUGUUGAUAAACUCGAGCUAAUCGUUUACGUGUACGUAAGAACAAGCUGGAGGUCGGUUAUGGUUUCUUUCAGGCCUCGCUAGAUCUUGCUCAACAGGGAACAUUGGGAAUGCUGAAAGAUGUGUCCAACAGAAUUAGACCCCGUCUCAAGUGUUCAUGAGGUUGGAAGAGUAAGAAAGCUGUCCUUCCCAAUGCAUGAUGAGACUGACGAUUUAGCACGCGACUGUUUAGAUCUAUUGCCUCAACUUCAGAAUGGAUCCUCUAGUCAUGUAACGGCUGUUGUUCUAGUGCAAUAUUUCUGUGGAGACGCUUAAGCAGCUUGAAUAUAUUUACUCCAGCACCAUAGCAUUGCUGUUUAGAUUUAUUUAUUUAUUUUUAAUUUGGUAUGGAAAAUAAACCCAGUGUGUUGACUCAAAGAUAUGAACUAGGAAGACAGCUUGGUCAAGGCGCCUUUGCAAAAGUCUACUAUGGGAGAAGUCUUCAGACAAGCCAGGGUGUAGCUAUUAAGGUCAUAGACAAAGAAAAAAUUUUGAAAGUUGGUCUGAUGGAACAAAUCAAGCGAGAAAUCUCUGUUAUGAGAAUUGUUAAACACCCUAACAUUGUGCGGCUUUAUGAGGUAAUGGCCACCAAGAGCAAAAUUUACUUUGUCAUGGAAUAUGCUAAAGGUGGCGAGCUCUUUAAUAAGGUUGCUAAAGGAAAGCUGAAGGAGGAUGUCGCCAGGAAAUUCUUCAUACAGCUUAUGAAUGCUGUUGAUUUCUGCCACAGUAGGAAUGUUUAUCAUCGAGACAUCAAGCCAGAGAAUUUACUCCUAGACGAGAACGACAAUCUGAAGGUGUCAGAUUUUGGAUUAAGUGCUCUUGCAGAAAGCAAACGCCAAGAUGGGCUGCUCCAUACAACUUGUGGCACUCCUGCUUAUGUGGCUCCUGAAGUGAUUGGCCAAAAAGGCUAUGAUGGGGCCAAAGCUGAUAUUUGGUCAUGUGGAGUGGUCUUGUUUGUUCUAUUGGCAGGCUAUCUUCCUUUUCAUGAUUCAAAUUUGAUGGAGAUGUAUAGGAAGAUAGGCAGUGCAGAUUUUAAAUGCCCUAGUUGGUUCCCUCCAGAAGUUCGGCGCCUUAUAAGAAAAAUAUUAGACCCAAACCCUAGUAUGAGGAUUUCCAUAGCCAAGAUAAAGGAAAGUUCUUGGUUUAGAAAAGGUUUAAUCUCCGACAAACAGAUUAUGCGGAAAAUGGAGAACAGGGACAAGGGUGUUGUGCAGUCAAGCAGUUCUAGUUCUUCUGAGAGUAGCGGUAUUCCUAACAAGUCAAAGGCAGAGCAUGAAAAACCUCCAUAUCUGAACGCUUUUGAUAUCAUCUCUUUUUCUGCUGGCUUCGAUCUUUCCCGCUUGUUUGAGGAAUUCUCCCCGCAAAGAGAGGAAAGAUUCACCUCAAGACAACCUGCUUCUGUCAUCUUAUCUAAGCUACAUGAAAUCGCCAACUGCUUUAGGCUGAAGGUGAUGAAGAAGGAGAUGGGUUUGCUGAAACUGGAAUGGACUAAGGAAGGUAGGAAGGGGAUCCUUGGCAUUGAUGCGGAGAUCUUUGAGAUCACCCGAUCUUUUCACUUGAUCGAACUUAAGAAAGCUAGCGGGGAUACGAUGGAAUAUAAGAAGGCAAUAAAAGAUGAUAUAAGACCUGCUCUUGAAGACAUUGUUUGGGUUUGGCAGGGUGAGCAACACCCACGGCCACAGUAAAUACAGGACCAGCUGCAGCCACAAUUUUUUGAUAACUUCCUGACUGACUUCUCCAGUUCUCUUCUUGUGCGUUUUUGCUUGCUCUUUCUUGUAAAUGAGAUGUACUUGAUUUCCUCUGCUGUAUGUAUUGUUGCUUUACUUACCACCUGCCUUAGGUCAACUGGAGGCAUAUUGAUUUUGUGUAACCUCUGUUGUGACGAAGAGAAAAUAAUGCACAUAGAUGUGCCUUGGAGCGCACUGUUGAUGUGGCA